AUGAUUCUGAUCGGACCGCUGCGACUGAAUCUUGCUCUUGACCGUUUUGGCUGGUUUGGAGGGAUAUUCGCAUCUAGACACAUCAGCCCGCUGUAUAGUCAUUCCUUUAUUCGCAUGCACUCUUUGCUUUCCACCGCCGUCAUCUUCUCCUUGGGCGUUGUUGCUAAUGCUGAAUCGCAUACUGUAACGUUUAUUAACAACUGCGGGUUUGGGACGCCCACGCUCAGCGUCCAAGGUUCCGUAGUCUCGACGGGUUCAGAUUACACGAGCAAUGGACAGAUAGAAGGUGGAACCGCCUACCUCGACUAUGAUACGUGCAGUACCAACGGCGGUAACUGCACCGGCGUUGAGCUCACCUUGUCUAACGGAAUCUCCGCGGCCGACGUGACGUUAGUAUCUCCGUAUGCUUUCUCAGUGGCGUCGUGUAUGAGCUUCUACAAUGGGUGUGACGGUACUGGGUUCGCCUGUACAGAGGCAGAUUGCCCAGGAGCGUUCUUGACGCCAACCGAUAGCUCUGCUACCACCAUUACAUGCCAAUCCACUGAUGUCAACCUUGCCGUGACAUUUUGCGAUUGUAGUGCAUCUUCGGGCAGCUCGGGCACUGGUGGUGAUACUACUUCAUCCACUACAACAACAACUACUACUGCACAAGCCACUCCCAAAUCUUCCACCCCUGCACCGCAAUCUAGCACGACGCCAAGCAGCACCCAAGGGUCGUCGUCGCAUUCCUCACAAUCUACCCCAUCUACUCCUGCCGGCUCGUCGACAGCGGCAUCUGGCACUGCAUCUAUGUCGUCUCCCACGAGCGGCCAGAACACUGCUUCGGCCAUUCCAACCACCAUGUUGUCACAGUCAGGAAGCGACUCCGUUGCGUCUUCCCCAACUGCAUCCUCGUCAUCUACGGCAAUUGCGGGAGAGACUGGGGCGCGAAAUGCGUCAAACCGGUCUUCCAACACCGGGGCGAUCGCAGGCGGCGUGGUCGGAGGAGUUUUGGGUUUGCUCGCUCUUCUCGCAGGGCUGUGGUUAUGCCGUCGUCGGGGACGCGCACGAGGGUCGCACAAGCCGGAGAUAGACGACUUCGAGGUCGUGGAUCCUUUCCCUGGGCAUGGCACACCUCAAGCGCGCAUGUUGUUUGGCGAAAAGAGUGGUCAAGGUGCAACGUCAAGCACAACUCUUCUGCGCGAUGGAGAUGUCUUGGACAUCUCACACCCUCCACCGUCAUCAGAAGCCUCUCGUAGCACCGAGGCGCCGCCUCCCACAACAGCGCCACCAGGCGAUCAUACUCGUGUCAUCGAAGAUGUCGUCUUGAGAACACUCCAGGGUAACGGCGGACAACCUCGAACACCAAGCGCUGGGGCCGACCCCGCGUCAAGUUCGCCGCCCGUGCGCUCAGGAUCCGGAGAUCCUGCGGAUGUCUCCGUCAUUGAGGGUAUUGUGCAUCGUGUACUUCAAGGGUUUCUGGGUGGACAGCACGGAGAUGAACCACCACCUACCUAUGUUCGAUAA